GUCGCCAUUUUGCAUUAUUGGUUUUUACGUGUAUAUGCAGUGCAGCUAGUUUGCUAUUCCAGUUCUCGUUACGUAUCGUAAAGCUUUAAUUUGCAUAACUUUGUUAAUUUCGAAUUGUUGAGAGGCAAUAGUAAAGGAUGGGACGUAAAAAGAAGAAGCAGUCGAGGCCCUGGUGCUGGUAUUGUAAUCGAGAAUUUGAAGACGAGAAGAUUCUAAUUCAGCAUCAGAAAGCAAAACAUUUCAAAUGCCACAUUUGUCACAAAAAGCUUUAUACGGGACCAGGCCUUAGUAUACAUUGUAUGCAGGUACAUAAAGAAGCAAUAGAUAAGGUACCUAAUUCUUUGCCAAAUCGUAGUAAUAUUGAAAUAGAAAUUUAUGGCAUGGAAGGUAUACCACCAAACGAUGCAAAAGAACACGAAAGGCAAAGGAACGGAGGUAGACCUGGCUCGCCGAGCUCCGGCGAAGACGAACCCGUUCGGAAGAAAACGAAACCGGAGGGUUUGUUAGGUUCCGCACCCGGUGCAGUGCCCACAGGGUCGAAUAUGAUGCAAGGCGUUAUGCCAGGUAUGGCAGCUCAUCCGGGUAUGCCACCGAUGGGACAGUUCCCACCGCCCAUGCACCAUAUGAUGGGACCUAUGGGUCAUGUAGGUCCACCUUUCAUGGGACCUGGUAUGAUGCCUGGAAUGCCAGGUAUGCCUCCAGGUAUACAACCACCGGUGUCAGGCGCGUCUAUUCCACCAGCCCGACCAUUAUUUCCAAGCGCCGCAGCUGUCUCAACAGCCGCGUCUACAGCUGUGACUUCCCCCCUGGGCACAGACUUUAAACCAAUCACGUCGGUAGCUGGUGGUUCUAUAGGACCUAUUAAGCCAACAUUCCCUGCUUACAGUAAUACUGAUAGUAAUACCACUACUAGUAAUAAUAUUGGAAGUGAUCAGAAAGUGAAUCUUAUAGCAACUACGAGUGCUGCUAUUAAAAUUAUUCAUCCGCCAGAGGAUCUUAGUUUAGAGGAAAUUAGAGCGAGACUUCCGAAAUAUCAACGAAGGCAAACAGAAGAGUCUCGAACCGCGCAGGCAGAGGCUUCUCAGCAAGUAGCCGCAUUGCAGCAGCAACAACAACAACAGCAGCAGCAACAACAGCAACAACAACAAGCUGCGGCCGCUAACGCGGCUGCCGCGUUUCAGGAUCAGCAACAAAGACAACAGGCUGCAUUGAAUGCCCUUCAACAGCAAAGAUUUCAGAGACCUCCGCAGGCAGUCAUGGUUCCCGCGUCAGCUGCAAUGCCUGUUAGUUCUGUUGCCUUGAUGGCGCCACUUAUGCGGCCAACUAUGACCCUAGCUGCACCUGCUCUGAUUCAUGGAGGUAACAUGAUGCGACCGCCCCCCAUGGGCCUGCCACCAGGUAUGAUAGGAGCGUUACCACCAGGCGCGAUGCAUCCGGCAUUCGCAACCCCAAUGGGUUUCCCUGGUGCACCGAUGUUGGCUCCGAUGAUGCACCCACGCUUCAGAUGAUCACCUCCCAUGGACGGGCCCACCCCGCCACUGCACUUCGUGCUUUGGGCCCGCCCCUAAAUUUUAUUAGGGUUCGGACGUGAUUGAGAAAGAAGAAAGAAAAGCACGCGUAAAACAUGUUCGCUCGCGUGGACACACUUCGUUGAUCGGCCGCGGCUGCACUUGACGCAUCCUCUCCCACGAAGUUUACACAAAGUUAGCAAAAAUCUUUGUUUUUUUAAUUAUAUAUGAUUGCAAAAACACAUCACGUCAGUGCCUGAGAGGAUUUUUUACCAGGUGCAGUGGAAACGGUCAGCUAUAUUCACCUACAAUUUGGCUGUCAGUAAAAAAAAAAUACAAUCCCUAUGAUCUAUUUGCGCGGUACACGCAACGAGUCAGAGCAAUAAAUAAUUUAUUUUCGUGGAGGAGCUCGAAAACAAUCGGCCAGCCGAGCAAAUUUUCUUGUUCGCACGGAAAGCUCAACUAAGGUUCGAUCCUUGGUAUUAAUCUUUUUUAAAAUAUUGUCAUCGGAGUAUGUUGCAUUAAAAUUAUAGUUUUAUUAACGGGCCAAUCCACGCCGAAUCGAAUAUCGGUUUCUCGAGCGACGUUUCAGAUUUUACUGAAGUCUCGGUACAUUGUAGUCUUUGGUGAUAUUUAAAUUAUCUUUUGUUUAAAACCAGAUGUAAAACUCAAUAAUUUAAAACGGUCAAAAUAAUGUGUAUAAUCUUCGUACGUUAUAUUCCUUGUUUGCUUCUUUCAGUAGCUUAAUUAGUUAAUACUUUAUCGAAAUAGACCAAUAACAUAUUUAUCCAAUACGCUGUUUAGUUACUGUACGAUACAGGAAUAAUAAUAAUAAUAAUUAUAAGACACGCGAUAAACGAACAUUUUUGGCAAUUAGAUUUUUAACAUCUUUAUCAUACUUAUAAAUAUACUAUAAUGAUAACUAAUGUAAUAGCGAAAAAGUAAUUGUUUAACUUUGAUAUGCUAAAAGUUGAAGACUAUAAUUUCAGUCAGAUUUUAGCAAGGUUUGAAGCGUUGGUUAAAAGAAUUGCUCGAUUUGGCGUGGAAUGAUUCGAAAGGAAAUGGUAUCGUGUUGUUGAUGGCUGUAUGAGCAUCGGAAGCUAAUUCGUGAGGAAACUCAGUGAGCUGCUGAUACAGACAUAUAUUGUUGCAAAGUCACACAUGUAAGCAAUUGUACGUUGCUUGUUAACGAAGUCACUUCUGGAAGGUAUGAACUUUCAGUUGAUAAGUAUAAGUAGAAUGAAUUUCUAUAUAUGGCUCCACGUUGUUGUUUUUAUUUCACGGUAGACCGUUUCCACGCGCUGUUCCUCAGCCUCUGCACCAGUGUUCUCUUGGAGAGACGCAAUCGCGGAAAGGUGGCGUUUCACACUGCAGCUAUUAUAGACACGGAAUUUUAUUUUCACUUGUAAGGGAGCAUCCCGAGCUAUCGAUCGGUGAUUUCGGUAAAACAUUUGUAGAAAAUGAUCGUUACAAAAAUUUCUGUCGCUCUUUUCCGUUUCUUGCCGACGAUCAAAUUGAGAAACCUGCUUGGAUUAAUAUACUGGAAAUAAUUCUGUACUCUCGAUCGACGAAUUCGGUUAAACGGAUUUCAGAUAAAUGUAUUUGUUAUAUUAUAAUAAAUUUAAUAUAUUGAAAAUUAAUAAAUUUUUGUCAGUUAUUCUUAUUAAAUAUCGUGUAUCGUAACGGAAAUUACUGCGUUGGUAAUUUAUUUAAAUACUGUGCAAAAUGUAUGAUAUUUCAAAGUACAUUAUACUACGUGUCUUCAUCAUCGAUUAUCACAAUUUUCGUGAUCAAAUUGUGCUCUGCAUUAAAUUGUUUUGGAGAUAUUGGACCAAGUAGAUUUUUCACUUUGGAGAAUUGCGACUGAACGAAGCGUCGAGUAUUUUUGUAAGAUCAACUACGAUCGUUUUGUUAAAAUCAACGAUUAAUAGUUUGCGAUGUUUUUUUAUUGUUUGAAUUUAUUUUUCCUACGUUAGACAAUUGCUUUCGUCUUCUUGUUCCAAGUGUAUAUAUGAAUUGUAUAACGAUUUUUUUUUUUUUAAAUUUGACUAUUUUUCAUAAUUUUGAUACGCUCCUGUGAAAUAUUAUUUGCGCUGCUCGGUUCUUCUUGGUAAAAGUAUUAAAAUGUAAGCCGCAGUGUGAACAUUCUGUCGCCUCAGGUUAGUUUGUCACAACUUUUAUUUUGUUAACGUUUCAGAUCGAGUCGAUUUGCUUUUGCGCGGUAAUUCACAUCGCGGAUUUAGGUAUUUUGUUUCCUAACGAACAACAUACUGAAAUUGUUGUAAUUUAUAGUGUAUAUGUAUAUAGUGGGUGGAACAAAUUAUUAAGGAACACUUUAUCAACUCGUAUUUGUUACCAAGACGAACAAUUUUACUUUGCAAUAGUGGAAGAUAAUUGUAGGUUUAUUGUUAAUAUACAGUAAGGAGCAAAACUAAUCGUACACAUGGUAUUUUAACCAUUAUUUUACUUAAUAAUUAUUAUUUAAAUAAUGUAUGUUCAAUUUUGCUUCUUACUAUAUAUAAUCACUAAUAACUUUCAUUAAACGUUUCAUUGGAGAUUUUAGUAAUCGUUUAAUCAAUUCUCAGCUUAAUAAUCUGUAAUUUUGCUGAAUCCAACUUUUUAUUUGAAUAGUAUAAUAUUGUUGUCUCUUAGAAUAUAGAUAGAGAUAUCUUAUUAGUUGUAUCUAACAAUUUCCUAUAAUAUUCAAAUCGAGCAAUUUUGUUAGUUUUUUGUUAUUUGUGUUAGGGAUACCAGGGACUGCUCUCUUGAUAUAUUUUUCCAACCCACUGUACACAGAAUAAUUCUAGCAACUGGAAUAGAUUAUAAUUUCUUUCUGAAUGAAAAGAAAAAAGGUAUUAAUUAAGUAUUUUUUAUCUCAGUACACGUAAAUAAGCGAGGGAAAAAGCUUAAUCACGAAGACUACAAAUUAUUGUUUAAAAUUUGUUCUCUUUCUUAUUCACUUUCCCUAAAAUCACAAAAAAGUACAAAAUAACGUUGUAUUACUUUUAGUCACCCACAAAGGUGGAUUUUAUUUGCAAUAAGGUGAAUAUGAUCUAUAUGAAAGGGCUAAUUUCGAGUGCAAAACCUGUAAUAUUGUUUGAAAAUGUAUUAUAAUGUUUUUGAGAGGAAUAUGUAUAUCUAUAAAAUACUCGAGUAUCAUUCUGCAAAAACACAACAAAAUUAUAAUAAAAUUAGACACUCUGACUCUUCUCUUGAAGAAGUCAAGAAAUAUUUAAAAAAUGUCUAUACUAUUAAAAAUAUACUAAUUUAUCGUCCGUUCUGUAAAACCCAGUUAAAUAAUGGAGUUAUCUUAUUUUUUGGAAAUUUAUUCUACCAUUCUGUUCUUCGUUUAGAAAAUAAAAUGUAAUCUAUUCUAGUUGCUAAAGUUUCUUAAAUAAGCCGCUUAUUUGCUAAAUCGAUUAUCUCUGCAAAGGGAAAAGAAAAAAAAGUUGAUAAAAUAAUAUAUGUAUAUGCUUUCAUAAGACUCCCUAUAAAAUUCCCGUUUAAAAAAAAUGCAGUUGCAUUUGUUAAAUGCACCGAUGCGACUGCAUCAUUUUUUCAAAUGGAAUUUUACAAUUUCGAUUGCACCGUUCGAUAGAGUUUUUCAAUCUCUGCAAAAAAAUUAUAAGGUACUUGUGUCCUAAACUUAAUCUUUUAAGAUUUCUUCGCCAUGAGUUAUAAAUAUACUUGAUAUACUCAAAAGUUUAUUAAAUUAUUUUACUUCAAAGUGUUAUAACUCUGGAACCAUUAAGUUUAGAACACGAGUAGUUUAAAGUGAGAAAUUUAAAUUUCAUUUCGUCAAUUUGUAAGAAAUGUAUUUAAAAAAAUGUAAAAGUGAUCGAGUGAUUUGAUGUUGAAAAGAUGGAGUUAAUCGCUUUAGCUUGUAAACGGCGUAAAUAUUAAUCAGUCGUUAUGAUGUUAAUCGCGAUAGUUUGAACGAUUGCAAUACGUUGACCGUGAAGCAGAAGUAACUGAUUCGAUCUGAGAAAAACCCUCUUCCUUUGCAAGGAACAUGUUGGCGACGCAUGAGUGAGUGGUAAGUACGGAGGGUGCUCACAAAAAACCGAAUACCAGCUCUCUCUACACUCGACUCACGCCAUUUUCUUUACUUUUGUCCUAUAUCAGAUCACUGGCACUCCGAUCGUGGGGCGCACGAUUCUUUUUUUAAUUAUUUUAAUUAUCGUCGGUGCUCGGUUUACAAUGUAUCAGACCAUAUGUUAUAAAUUCUGAUAUAUUUUUAACCGCGAUGGGAAUUCUAAAACGACUGGCUCCACGAUCGGACGAAAUUCUAUUCGAUCCUUUGGAAACAAAAAACUUCUCGUCCCUCCUUUUGUCUUUUCUUAUUAUUAUUCCAUCAUUAUCUUCUCUAUCGUUCUAUUACUUCCUCAGGGUGUCUACUGACAGCAAAAAAUUAUCGUCAAAAGAAUAUUUUUACGUUCAUGUAACGCGGGUCUCGAUGAUCACGAUCUGCGACGAAAGGGUAAAAGAUAAUUUAUCGAACCUUUGUUCUCGGGUGGAUUUCAUUCGUGUUUCGUAGUUUCGUGUUACGAAAGUGUAGCGAAGACGGUGCAAAAAGGAGGCUGCACACUAAGGUCACGAGACUUUUAGUGUUCGUUGUAUAGUCGAUGGAAAAUAAUUAAGAUCACGAAUGUACAGUUUCGAUCGAAAACUGUUUGAAUCAAGGACAUUGGUACUUGCAGAAGCUUUGUACGCGCGAAGGUAUAUAUCCUCAGUAGGCACCCUGUUUGACUAUUCUUUCACUCGAUUUCUACCAGUACUUCGAGAAAAAAUAUGAAACAGCAUACCGCGCAGUAUAACACGUGUACGUACCUAAAAAAAACUACGCAUCGUUAUGAAUAUAUACUUCAUUUUCAGGGGUUGUCUUUCCGAAUAGUGUCUUUACGUCGUGAUCUGUCGUUUUGCCCGUGAUCAGGGACGAUUCGUGCGAGUGUUUACUUAUAGACAAAAUGGCAAUUCAGUAGGAAAAACGAAGCCGUCGAAAAGGCGUUUCUCGACUAUCGAGGCUGCUAAAGCAUGGCUAAAAACGUUGUUCCCCCAACCGCGCAUUUCUUUCGUUUUUGAGAUUCGGCAGGACAAUCUGAUGGCAGAAUUGGAUAUGUAGAAGUUCUGUUAUUUAUUGAGUGUCACAUUAUCAACUUGUUUCGAAUAAAGACGUUCUGUGGAAAGCUCGAAAGAUUGGGCGUAGUCUGUCGUUCUGGGAAAUCUUUCGUUCAUGGAUUCACGUUGUUUGGAAAGAAAUAUUCUUGUUUUUUCUUUUUUGCUACGCGUUCGACCCUUUCGCUGAUAUGGUUUUAAAAGUGACUAUUUCUUUUAGAUUAAAAUUAGCUGUAUUUGUUAUAAAUAGUUCAGAGAAACAUGUUAUAUGUAUAUAUUUGAUUGUUAUUUGUAAUAAUUAAUAAGUAAUUAUCAUACGAUAGGUUCUGGAACACGAAAUACAUUACCUAAUAUUGUACUGUACAAUAUUAAACCUAAUGGUUCAAGAGUUCUAUCUCUUGAAUUAUUAAGUUUAGGGCACGAGUACCUUACACUUUUUUUGUAAGGAUUAACAACUCGCGUUGAAUAGCCUGAUAAAUAUUGUAGAGUUCCAUUUAAAAAAAUAAAUGCAAUUGCAUUUUUAUCAUAAUCAUAAUCAUAAUAGUUAUAUCUCCAACUGUUUUAGAGAUAUACCAUGGAACAAAGAAAUAGCAUUUUCAUAUUUUCUGUAUAUACAAGUAUUUUAUAUUCGUGUAAGGAACCAAGAUUUUACAGUUCAACUCUUUGUAGCACAGGAUUUCAGAUAAUAAAAUAGAAAUUUUAUUACAAUAAACUGUUGCCAACAGAAGUGAAUACAUUUGUAACAUCAGUGGGACUAAAAAUGUCCCAUCAUGCAUUACGGUGCAUCGAAAAGGACACUUUUAAUCCCAGCGUGCCCCAAAGAGUCGAACACUUUAUCUUGUUCAUCUGCCAUGUAAACUAUGAAGUUUUUAUCGAGCCAUUCGUUACAUAUGUGUUAGACAGUUUGCUAAUUUUGUAUUUAUUCAGUUUUGUUUUACAUCGUGUGGGUUUAACAGCGAAAGGGUUAACAAUAUAUCGCCUCUUUUGUAUUCUUGUUUUCCUCUAAUGUUUUUGUUUUCUUUUUUCUGUGUAGAUAAAAGAUUGUUGAUGAAUUUUCUCCCAGAAUGGCGGGCGACAGCCACAUAUUGUUUCAACCAAUCACAGCUGUGACCGCUGUUGGACCUUAUCGGUCCCUUGCCUGAAGGCAGGCGAUUGUUUGGACCUACCGUCCUAGAGUCGAGGUACAUGCUAGCUUCCCGACUUUUCAUUCGAAUUCGAUUGCAACGCAUAAAGUCGCUCGUGCGCGGUCAGUGAAUUUUAUCAGAACGGUUGAUCGUUAUUUACACAUUUUUUUAUGAUAUAGAAAUUUAAAAUCGAUGCAACGUUUUAGUUGGUAAGAGAACAGGAGAUAAGUGAGAAAGGAAGAGAAUCGGGAAGUUCUAUGGUCCUUGGCUGCAUGGACGCGUGGCUGGACCGAGAAACAAUAUUAAUCGUAAUCAGUAAUGAGUCGCGGGGUAAAUUGUAUUAACCGACUCGAUCGUUCGGAUCGUUGGAACGAGAGAAUUAUACCGAUCCGCACUCCGAUAGAACUAGUUACCUAUUAACGAUUAUGAGUUUUGUUUUUGUUUUGUUUUUUUUUCUUUUCAUCGAAGGUUGUAACUUAUUUGUUGCGAUAUUUAUUAAUAGUUCUUAGUUAAAUAUUAAUGGAUACUGCCGGCAGUGGCUGGUAAUUGUUAUGAUUUCAGAUUCGAAGACGAUUAAGACUGAAAUGUCUGUGCAGUUCUCUCGUUCAACUGUUCGAUCGUUCGUAGAAUGCUUAGCUGGCUCUGUGUGUAUAUUGAUACAUCUGUAUCACACGUUGCGCAAGGACCCUUCAUUAUCCUGAUCCUUUUUACGCUAAUAAUGUCUUUCCACUUGGUGACAGCGGAUGCACGAUUCGCUCGUGGGGGUCGCUUUGCUCGAGGAACCGGUAACGCGGUGGCUCUUUGUCAUUCUAAUAUCUUUAUUCGGCGGCUCGAGGUAUCGGGAAUUAAGUGCUACCUGUGAAACGAUAGUGAAUUUAACGCAUUAUUAUACUUGUCCAUAUAUUUUAUAUACACAAUUGUCUCUAGUCUUUUCCUUUUUUUUUAGAUCAAUGUACACUACCGGUCAUAAGUAGGAACACGGAGUAUUUUCUCAUCCAGACAGUUUUAGAAUAGCUUGAAACAAUCACGUUUUACGGAUAUCUUUAUGGGAAUUCAUAAAAAAUAUCAUUCAUAAGUAUAAAUGGACACAUAUCAAUUUUUAUAGUAAUAUGAGACUAGUACUAUUUUUGUAAAAGAAAAGGAAUGACAGUAAUGGUUUUAUUAUUACAAAUGAUUAUGCAAUUAUACAUUUUAAGCCUUUGUUAUUCUAUGCCCAACUUUUCAUGGCAUCUAAAAAUUUUGAAAGUAGAUUGUAUAGUAGUUGUACGUUUCAAAUGUCCUAAUACUUAUGGCCGGUAGUGUUUAUGCGAAAUGAUCGACGAUAUGGAAGGUUGUCUGGUGAAUCCCUGUUUCGAGAUAUUUAAAUUUCACACCUUUUUUUUGUUUACGAAGCUGGUAUAUCGAUAAAAAUUUGUAACGUAAAAUGAAAUGGCGCAGAAGAAGAAUUUUGCUUUCAUUAAAAAACAGCAACUAACUUUUGUUAUAUUCUAUUUUUAAUAAUAUCUCUUUUUUAAGAAAUUAUUAGAUAGAAAAGAACAUCAGUUCCCUCAGUUAUUUUAAAAGAAAAAUUUACUUUUUAUCAACGUACCAGCUUUAGAAAUAAAAGGGAGAGUCAAAUUUAAAUAUUUCGAAGCAGAGUUUUUUCCCGAAUAACUACUCGAUGAUGAAUAUUAUUUUUCGCAUAAAUGAUGAAAAGUUAGAUGUACCUUUUUGUGGGAUCUUUAAUUUUUUCAACGUAUUAUUAUUAUUAUUAUUUUUUUAUUUAGUUUCAAAGUUUGCACACGUAGUAGAGUUCGAUGGAACUUUGUGAUAAAACUAAAAUAAUAGCAAUGUUGUAUUUAAUAUCUUAGUUUUACAUGUGCAAUGUUUGGAGGAUAGAGUUGACGAUCUAAGUACUGAAAUCGAAUUUUAGGUUGCACUUUAUUCCUGCGCGGACCGCUCACGGAAAUUAGCAGUAGUCUACUCCUUCUACAGCAUUAUUGUUUUCAGCCGACUGCAACUAAGCAGAACGGGCAAUAAUGUCCAAGAAAAAUAGAGAAAACGGUGGACACACACACCUGUAUCUCGUUGAAACAGGAUCAAUAAAGAAAAAUUGUUUAAUAA